AUGACGACCGAAACCUUCCUCGCUCGGCUCUGCGAGCAAGCUGAGAGAUAUGACGAGAUGGUCACAUACAUGAAGGAGGUUGCCAAGCUGGGCGGAGAACUCACUGUUGAUGAGCGAAAUCUUUUGUCUGUCGCAUAUAAGAAUGUCGUUGGAACUAGGCGUGCUUCUUGGCGCAUAAUCUCGUCGAUCGAGCAGAAGGAGGAGUCCAAGGGCACCGACAAGCACGUUUCGACCAUCCGCGAUUACCGUCAAAAGAUCGAGACCGAGCUCGAGAAGGUCUGCCAGGAUGUCCUUGAUGUCUUGGAUGAAUCCUUGAUCCCAAAGGCCGAGUCUGGCGAGUCCAAGGUCUUCUACCACAAGAUGAAGGGUGAUUACCACCGUUACUUGGCUGAGUUUGCUUCCGGCGAGAAGCGCAAGGUUGCUGCUACUGCCGCCCAUGAGGCAUACAAGAAUGCUACCGAUGUGGCCCAAACCGAGCUUACCCCAACCCACCCCAUUCGCCUUGGACUGGCCCUCAACUUCUCUGUCUUCUACUACGAGAUCUUGAACUCACCGGACCGUGCUUGCCACCUUGCCAAGCAAGCUUUCGACGACGCUAUCGCCGAGCUAGAUUCUUUGUCUGAGGAAUCCUACCGUGACAGCACCCUCAUUAUGCAAUUGCUCCGCGACAACCUUACUCUCUGGACUUCUUCAGAUAGCGGGGAGCCCGAGGCAGCCGCCACUGAGGCACCCAAGGAGGCUGAGAAGACCGAGGAGAAGACUGAGCCUGCUGUGGAGCCGAAAGCUGAGGCUGAAGCUGCGCCUGCAACCGAGUCGUAG